AUGCGGAGCGAAGGCCACAGCUCGGGCCCGAAGGCUAAGCGAUCCACCAACGGGGAGUUCUAUAUCGCUCGAUUCCUUCCUGUUCAGCCGGGCCAUCUCCUCUUCAAAUACCUCGUCUACAUUCGCCCCGUCGUCGAUAUGCUGAUGCGGGAGCAAAGUCCCGACUUGCGGGCUUGCUCCACGGAUCUUUUCCGCGCGCAAGUAUCCGACGACAGCAAACCAUGGGCCACAGAGCGUCUCACCAACGUGAUCAAACGAUUCACCGCGCGGGCUCGGGGGAAAGGCAUCAGGCUGCAGAUACUCCGACAACUAUCCGUCGGCAUCUCGGAAAAGCAUGUCCGCGAAGUCGUCAAACCGUUCAACCGGUUCGAUGACCGGACAGACGCUGCGGAUCGCAAUGUUGCUUUCGCUUGGCAGACUGGCCAUCGCCCGUUGCAGAGAGCAAGGUCAUAUGGGCUCGACGGAGCGUUUCCGGUGCUGCUACAGCCCCAGCUCCUCGAGCGAUACGAGUGGGUGUCGAGCCGGUGGCACGAGUUCCUGCACCUCCCUAGCAUGGUUACUGCUGCGGAUACCAGAGCGGGCUGGGCUGGCGCCGGCGAUUGCAAGCAGGGACCAUCAACAGUAGCAGCACAGAAUGUCCACCCAUCCGAGCUCGCGCCAACUACUCCCGAAACACACAUUAUCGCUCCCUCCAAGAGCAAGAAGAGACGACGUCAGAUACCGUUACCAUUCGGUUUCGGUCCCGCCAGCAAUUCCAACGGCCAUAAGAGACCCGCUGGGCCCGAGGAAGACACCGCCCAGAAUAAGCGGACGCGCCUCGCAGACCCACCACUACCGGCAAGAGUACCCCAUGGCAAACGCUGA